UUUAUUCUCAAUACAAGAUCUAUCAUCUAAACUACGACUAUCCAUCGUGACAUCCCGGCAGUUUUGUGAUAAAAAGCUCGGAAGCGCAGAACAAAUUGUGAAAAUGAUCGAGUUCCCUCAUCGAUUAGAACCAGUUUCCGUCCUGUCCGGUUAUCGAUUCUCCUUAUUCCUCUUACGGAUUUUGUUAUCUAAACAAAGUCGCACAAAGUAGCGAUGCUACUGAGAUAGAUUAGAUUAAAGUCAAAGUUUGCUGCAAAAACUUGAACUGGUGAGUAUUGCGAGUGUGUCUUGUUGAUAACGCAGAAUCCGCAGGCGGAACCCGGUUAAUCCCAGCUCAACGAUCAAACGGUAUAGCCUUAACAUCACGAGUGUUCAAAGAGAAAAUCGAUCUCCCUUGAACGAAGUAGCUGCGCCCAUAGACCACUCAGACCAUUAUUAGCUUCUAGCGGACUCCGCGUUGUUGCGCCUCUAUCGCCUCGUAUCCUUGCUGUGAUCGACCCUCGCUGGGAUAUGCGGCAUAAUCCUCUCAAGUGAAUCCUUUUCUCGCGGGAAAAACCAAAGUCUACCAAAGAAAGAAAACAGAAAGGGAACUCACAAGAAACUGUUUAAAGAAGCAAGUGGAAAGAAAGUUGAGUGUACGAGUGGAGAUAUAUUAUUAUCAUUGAAUUGUUAUCCAGAAUUCGACGGUGCUGCUCGCAGACGACGAUUAUGCGACUAGGGAACCGGAAAGGGUGAACGGGACACAGUGGGGUGUACCGAGGGAGCAAGAGGGGAAAAGAAACGAUUAAGAAAGAGAAAAGGAAAGAGAAAGAGAAAACGCGAAGUGGGAAGGUUUUUGUGGAGAGAAAAGGAUUAAUCCGCGGGGGCGGAGAACAGAGAGCGCGCAGAGAAGAGGGCGCCGCGUGCGCGAGAGAAAGACAGGUACGCGGAUACAGAUCCGUUGUGUGUCGGUUGACCGCUGCGGCAAAUCUGCGGCUCUCCGCGGCCGAUCGUCGAACGACGAAAGGAGAGUGACGCGGUGUCAAAGCACCCGGCCUGGAUUUGGGUGCCGACGCGCCGUUUGUGGUCAUCCGAUCCGUCGUCCGGAGUGUGUGUGUGUGUCCCUCCACAGCAGAUUCAAGGCUGUUCACUCGCGGCCAGAUGCGAGGAAUGAGUUACUUCGAUGAUGGAACAAUUUCCGCGCAAUCUCGGUCCUUCGGCAGUGUGGCAAAGAUCGAAUUUGACCAAAGCGAUUUGUGGGAAUGCUCGUCGUCAUCGAGAUUCCGUUGAUAUGGAGAUUGAUUGAUCGGCGAGGAGGAAAAAAAAAACAUUGGAGGACAUCGAUGUUAAUCGACAACCUCGUGCAGGUGCAGGUAGGGGGUGUCUUCUUGUGAGAGAGAGAGAGAGAGAGAGAGAACACGUAGAAUUCACAGGACAGAGCGAACGCGUGGUGAAGCUCAGGUGAAACUCGGAAGUGCAUAUAACGACAGGAGGAACGCAUCGUAAUUUGUCUCGAAGAAAAAAAGAAACAAUCAAGCGUUUUCUUUUGUUAUUCUCAGAAAAAUUUCAACGCUGAAAACAAUUUCGCAUUCACGAAAGUUAGUUUUGUUUCAAUUUAAUCUCUUACGUACGUGAUCGUGAGAGUCGCAGUCGGCGAAAGUUUGCGAGGAAUUGCUUGGGUCGAGGAGCGGAAAGAUGUAGGCAAAACGACUGCGCGACAUGGAGUCGAUGGAAUUCCGAAAGCGUGAAACGGUAUACGCUCGUCUUUAAGGUCGAUGAGAGACUGCAAGCGAUCCCGCGAUUGGUUAAAUGCAUUCGCGGGAAUCUUUUUCCCGCUGAAUUAUAAUUCAGCACUAAUUCGAGCUCACGAGAUCAUCAGUUUACGUAUAUACGAGAUAAAUUGAUGAAAGCUUGUGGUUGAUGGCCGACCAAUAUCGUAGUCAGCCCAGUCCAAGAUCGACCAACAUCGAAAGAGAAAAGAAAAAGAUAGAAGACGAAAGAGUAAUUGAAAAGAUACCAGUUGAAUAGCAAACUUUGACAUCGCUGAUCAAUGUUGCUAAUUCUCGCGGCGCAGCACUGUGAUGAUGAUUACAAGCUAGGCAGACUUUGGUAAACUGGAAGUGCCGCUGCUGCCCGUCGUCAAUUCGAGGAGUAACUUUCGCUCAACUCAAUUACGCCGCGACCGCCGUGUUAUAUUCUGCGCCUGCAAAAACCAGGAAGGUGUGACACCGACCUAUUCCUCGCCGCAACUCGCAAGCUCGUGUUGAAAGAGCUAAUCGUGAUACCAUCAAGCUUCUUUGCGAUUAAUUUAUGAUAAGUGUAGUAAGCCGCCUGGUGUGGAUUACGUCGCACGCCGACACGAGGACAGGGAGAGGGAAUUGUUAGUAGCACCAUUAGCGGAUUCAGCAAUUAAUAUGGCGAGACAGGCAUAUACUGCUGUUGAUUAAUAUGCCGAUUACAGGAGCAUUGAAGCGGGAUUUAAGACUCAUAUUGAUCGAUAAUUUGUCAUACGCUCUCUUUUUUUAUUUAGAUUCUACUUAUGUGAAGUAUAUAUUGUACAACGUCGGGCAGUCAUUACGAAUUCAAACGAAAUUGUAAUACUUUGCGCAUAAAUUAAGCUGAGGCAGCAGUUAUAAAAGAAAUUGGCUAGCGUUUGAACUCUGUGCGUUUAUAGCGUUAAUUGAGAUCAGCUUGAUUGAGAAGAAAAAAAAGAAUUCGCUGACAAUGCUGCUGGUGCGACAGAAUCUGAAGAAUUGUUCUGCAAAAUGAAUAUUCCUGAAAGAAACGAUGAAAAGAUCCACGCGAACAUGACGGUCUCAUUCGGUGUCGCAGACGGCACGCUUAGACGGCCAGAAACAAGACGCUCGACUCAUCAGUGAAAAGGAGAAGUAUCAUCGUGAUCGUCGCCAUCACUCUGUUACGGUGGAGCCAACUGCCUGUUCUCGCCUUGAGGCGAGAAGAGGAUCGGGGACGAGCAGACAUCGGGUAGACAUCGAUAAAAGGACAGUGUUAUGUUAGUGACAAGGCCUCACCCUCUAGGAGGGCGCAUAUUACUCGCCCUCUUCCUUUUGACAGGGUGUUUCGCCUUGCUAUCACGGGCGGCCGCCUUUCCAGACUGGACCGACUGUCCCGCGAUGUGCCGAUGCAAAUGGACUUCUGGCAAGAAAUCCGCUCUAUGUCCGGAUGCCGGUCUGACGUCACUGCCAGCUUCCCUCGAUCCGGAUAUGCAAGUGCUCGACCUGUCCGGCAACAAGAUACCCGCUCUGCAGGCGGAAAUAUUCAAACUGGCUGGCUUAGUAAAUUUGCAGCGGGUCUUUCUGCGUAACGCCGGCAUCUAUAAGAUCCAUGCGGAUUCUUUCAAAGAUAUGAGAAUACUUAUUGAAAUCGAUUUGUCGGACAAUCACGUGACAACCUUGGAACCAGACACGUUUUUCGGGAACGAGCGGUUGCGCAUUUUGAUACUCAGUGGGAAUCCGCUGGGUAUUUUGCGUAAUCUACAGUUUCCUGUGUUGCAACAUCUGCGGAAUUUAGAGCUGCAGCGUUGUUCCUUGACCGAGGUACACGGACAAGCUUUCGCUCGAUUGACCGGCUUGGAAUUCCUAAAACUGGACUCUAAUCAAUUGGAAUAUCUGGAGGCCUCGGUGAUUUCCGGUUUAUCUCGAUUGAAAACUUUAACAUUGGAUGGCAAUCGAUGGAAAUGUGACUGCAGAUUGCGAGAGUUUCGCACGUGGCUUAUCCCUGAUGUGCCCAGCAAGCUGUAUUCCGUACCACAAAUUUGUUCGGGUCCACCGAGACUGGAAGGCCGUAGAUGGGAAGAAGUGAAACCCAUAGAAUUCGCCUGCGAGCCGGAAGUGUUUGUUCUAGCGAGCAGUAUACAGGAAGAGAGUAAUGGCAAUCUCAGUUUAGCAUGUCGAGCGAGCGGCGAUCCCGAACCGGAAGUUUGGUGGCAGCUGAAUGGCGGCCCGAUCAACGCUACUAAAUCAACCGAACCCUAUAUGGGAACUCUCGUCGUUUAUGCAACGUCCGAAGUCGAUAUAUCUUCCAAUGGUAAAUCUGUGUCAUCCAGAACCGUCGCGGAUCGAUGGAGCAACUUGACCGUUUAUAAUGCCAGCGACAGCGACACUGGCGAAUACGCUUGUUUUGCUAAGAACAUUGCCGGUCUCGCGCGAGACACGGUCAGCGUGGCGAUACCUCGCGUCUACACGGCUCCGACUCUCUCGCAAAGCGAUAAUUGGUUACUCUGGGUGAGUCUGGCUGGCGGCGGCGCGGCCGCCGCGUGUGCUUCCAUUUCGGCUGUACUGCUGAUUCUCUGUUUAUGCGGCGGAAGCCGACGGCAUGGUAAACGCGAGAAGGUAAAGCUACAGAGCAGUGGUAGCUUCGGCGAUCGAAAAAAACUGUUAGAUUUAUCUGUGACUACCACCACGACGCCUGGUAACAGCAAUGAUCGUGGUAGCGGUCAUGGCAGCCUCGGCGAGGCGUGUAGCACCGGUGAUCUCGAAUUAGCCGAGCGCAGCUCCAUUUGCGAUCCUAUGGCUGCAGCUGCGGUCACCGUCGAGCGACUACGACCUGCGGAUAGUUCGGUGAACGCCAUUCGCACGAUUCCGUGUACCGUCGCGACUGCUGCCAGCAUAUUUCCGCCCCCACCACCAGAAUUUACCAGCGGUGUGCUGCCGGCUGGAAUUUUCGGCAACAUUUUCAUCUCCGUGUCGCUGCCGCAGGACACAUCAUCGGAGCGUUGUUAUCCGGACCUCCUCGACAUCCCCGUCCACGCGGUCAGCGGCGCCGCGGCCGUCGUGUCAGCCAAUAGUAAGACUGCGGCUUUGCCAUCGGCGACGCCGAUCAGCGUUUCUAGUUUCGCCACGCUACCACGUCGAGCGUUACGCUCCGCCGAUGUCGCCGCCGGCUCACCUUACGACAAUAUGGGACCGCGCAUUACGGCAAACGGCAGUUCCGCGUUUUCAUUGACGGAUAUGGACUUGCGACUAUCACCUCCGCCACCGCCACGGAUCAUUCAACCGCCACACGAGUUUGUUUCCCUCUAAAACAAUUUUUACGCGCGGUCCUCUUCCAUGUGAUUCCACGCGUAUUGCCAUGCGAUCGAUAAUAUUCCGCUAAUAACGUUUGUACCCCAGUUGUACUACGGAGCGUCCGUAAUUAUCGGUCGGCGGCUGUUAUCAUUGAUGAUAACAAUUAGAUCGCAGUAAUAUUGACCGUGUCGUUAAUCACUCACAGAUCGAUUUUUCGAGAACGCAUGCACUUAUUUUGAAUAAAUGAUCCGUAUACGCACCUCGGUGGACUUUCAAGGACUUGUCGAAUCAUCUUUCCGUAUCGCGUAUCGACAACUGUCGCGAUGUGACAGUAUGAUGUCAAUUGCGACAGUAAUGUCAAAUUAGAAUCGUGCAUUGGUUGAACUUUUUUAUUCCAACAUUAAUGCAUGAGUCAUCGUGGACAUGAAAAAUUUUACAAUUUCAACUCAAAAUAUUUGAUCACAACUUUAGAUUGACAUGAAAUAAAAAUUUUUAAAUAUUAUUUGUUUGUAACGAUAAGUUACAUAAUCUUUCAGCAAAUAAAAAUUUUAUAAAAUGUCGCAUUGUAUUAUAUAUCGUAUAUGAUGAAUAGAUUCACAAUGCACAAACCUAUUUGUAUAAAAGGUAAUGUAAUUUUAUAUUACCUUUAGC